AUGCCGCCUAAGAGUGCUGAAGGUACGGCGCAUGUAGACGCCAAAGACUUUAAGAACUCGGCCGUUGCCGAGGCCGCCGCUGCCGGUCCUGAGCAGGAGGUGAAGGCCGCCCUGUUCGACGAGGCCCAGCUGCUCUCGACGGGUGACAAGAAGGCCGCCGUCGAGCUGACCAACCUGGUCAAGAUUGAGGGUCCCUUUGCUCUCCGCAACCUUGGUAUUGAGGACGUGAUCAAGAAGGGUCUUACGGACAAGAAGAACGCCGCGGGCCGUGAGGGUGCGGCGAUCCUUCUUACCACCCUGUUUGAGGAGGGUGUCGGCCACGAGGUUGAGCCCUUCCUGAUGAACGGCCUCUUUGAGACCCUCGUGGAGGCGAUGGGUGACAAGGAGAAGGUUGUCCGCCAGCGUGCUGAGGACGCUCUUCUGCUCGUUAUCCGCAACAUGGCCACCUGGGGUGUGCCGCAAGUGAUGAAGACCCUGCUUCACCAGAUGCGCACUGCCGGUAAGUGGCAGGUGAAGAUGGGCUGCAUCCGCCUUCUCGAGGAGCUCGUUCAGAUCUGCCCUGACCUGGUGGCCCGCAUGAUGACCGACAUCAUCCCUGUUAUGGCGGAAGUCAUCUGGGACACCAAGUCGGACGUCCAGAAGUCGUCGCGUGCCGCGCUCGAGAAGCUCUGUGCUCUGGUGUCGAACAAGGAUAUUGAGCGCUUCAUUCCUGCUCUGAUCCAGUCGCUCAUCCACCCCGUCGAGGAGGUGCCCAAGACCAUCCAGCUGCUUUCGGCCACCACCUUCGUGCAGGAGGUCGACUCGCCGACCCUGGCGCUGAUGACGCCCCUGCUGUCGCGUGGUCUGAGUGAGCGCCCGACUGCCACGAAGCGUAAGGUGGCCGUCAUUAUCGACAACAUGUCAAAGCUUGUCGACAACGAGCGCACUGUGCGCCCCUUCCUGCCCAAGCUGCUGCCUGGUCUGAUCAAGAUCGAGACCACCAUGUCGGACCCUGAGGCCCGCAGCGUUGUGCAGCGCGCUAUCAACACCCUGCGCCAGGUCGGUAAGGUUGAGGGUGAUGGCUCGAAUGUCAAGCCGCUCGAGGACGUGGACCUGGACAAGACCCUGGAGCUCGUUACCAAGCAGCUCCAGGAGAAGCAGCUUGACGGUCCCGAGUCCCUGGUGCACUACAUUGCCCAGAUCGUGACCAACAUGGCCAACUACCGCAUGUUCGAGACCGACGAGUGGCAGAACGCGCUCACCCGCUACCUGCGUCUCCUGCGUCCCUCGGACCAGCAGAAGUCGGAGGCCAUUGUCGGUGAGCUCCUCAAGGCGCUGGCCAAGAGCACCGGUGAGGAGGUGGAACAGUUCGACGACGAGGAGGAGGGCGAGGACCUGUGUAACUGUCAGUUCUCGCUGGCCUACGGUGCCAAGAUUCUGCUGAACACCGCCACCCUGCGCCUCAAGCGUGGCCACCGCUACGGUCUCUGUGGUCGUAACGGUUCCGGUAAGUCGACCCUGAUGCGCGCCAUCCAGAACGGCCAGGUCGAGGGCUUCCCGUCGCCUGAGGAGGUCCGCACCUGGUACGUCGAGCACGACCUCGACGGCUCGGAGGGUGACAUUUCGAUUCUGGAGUUCAUCCUGCAGGACAAGCGCCUGAACGUCGACCGCGAGUCGGCCGCCAAGACGCUGGCUGAGAUGGGCUUCGACGAGCAGCGUCAGGCCGGUCCUAUCACGGCCCUGUCGGGUGGUUGGAAGAUGAAGCUCGCCCUGGCCCGUGCCGUGCUGUUCAAGGCCGACAUUCUGCUGCUCGAUGAGCCGACCAACCACUUGGACGUGAUCAACGUGGCCUGGAUCACGAACUACCUGUGCACUACGAACGCCACCUCAAUCAUUGUGUCGCACGACUCCAAGUUCCUGAACGACGUGUGUACCGACAUUCUGCACCUGAACCGCUUCAAGAUCAAGCGUUACCCCGGCAACCUGGACGCCUUUGUGAAGCGUGUGCCGGAGGCUCGUGCCUAUGUCGAGCUGAACUCGGGCGAGGACUACUCGUUCAAGCUGCCCAACCCCCCGCUGCUGGACGGUGUCAAGACCAAGGAGAAGUCGCUCGUGAAGAUGCGUGACGUGGUCUUCCAGUACCCCGGCACGCCGGCGCCGCAAUUGCGUAGUAUCUCGAUGCAGCUGUCGCUGUCGUCGCGUGUGGCUGUGCUGGGUCCCAACGGUUCGGGUAAGUCGACGCUGGUGAAGCUGGUGGUCGGUGACACGGAGCCCAACUCGGGUGAGCUGUGGAAGCACCCUAACCUGGUCAUUGGUUACGUUGCCCAGCACGCGUUCCACCACAUUGACCAGCACCUGGACAAGACGCCGCUGGAGUACAUGCUCUGGCGUUACCAGACCGGUGAGGACCUGGAGGAGCACAUGAAGGCUACCCGCAAGCUCACCCCCGAGGAAGAGGAGGCGAUGAAGCACGGUGCUGUCUACGAGCACGAGGGUGUCAAGCGCAUCAUUGACGACAUUGUCGGCCGUAAGAAGCUGAAGAACUCGUUCCAGUACGAGGUGUCGUUCAAGAACAUGAGCUCGGCGGACAACCUCUGGCUCAGCCGUGACGAGCUGUUGCGCCGCGGCUUCGAGAAGAAGAUCAUGGCCGUCGACUCGCGUGAGGCGCAGAAGGCCGGUAUGCUUCGUCCUCUGGUCCGUCGCGAGAUCGAGAAGCACUUUGAGGACUUUGGUCUCGAGCGUGAGUUCACCUCGCACAACACGAUGCGUGGUCUUUCGGGUGGUCAGAAGGUCAAGGUCGUGCUCGGUGCUGCGACGUGGCGUAUGCCCCACAUCAUCGUGCUGGACGAGCCGACGAACUUCUUGGACCGUGAGUCGCUGGCUGCCCUGAUUGCUGCCAUCCAGAACUUCGAGGGUGGUGUGGCGAUCAUCACCCACUCGCAGGAGUUCUCGGAGGGCACUUGCAAGGAGAUCUGGCGUAUGCAGGACGGUACCCUGCACGCCUCGGGCCACAACUGGGUCGAGGGCCAGGGCUCGGGUGAGCGUAUCGACAAGAAGAAGAACGACGAGGAGGAGGUCAAGUUCGACGCUCUCGGCAACAAGAUUGUCGAGGAGAAGAAGAAGAAGAAGCUCACCUCGGCGGAGGCCCGUAAGGCCAAGAAGGAGCGCAUGGCCCGCCGCAAGCGCGGUGAGGAGGUAUUCUCGGACGAGGAGCUGUAA